GCUGAACCGAUAAUGGACACGUUUUUUUGGAAAAAAGGAGAAGAAUAUAUAAAAGCAAAACUAUCGCCACUUUUCACACCUAGUAAACUUAAAAGUAUGCUAUCUUUAUUAAUACAACGCUCGGAGGUUUUCAAAAAUUGGUUGGACAAUUCGCUGUUAUUGAGGAAUAAAUAUAUAAAUUGUAGCGAACUGACGGAGAAACUUACCGCUGACUACUCUAGUGUCUGUUUACUAAAUUAUGAAAUCAAGACUUUCCAAGAUAAAGAGAUUGAAAUUUGUAAAUAUGCGAAAAAAUUCAAUAAAGGUUCAUGGAAAUAUAUACUCAAACAAUUGCUACCAGAUAAAGUAACACACAAUAAAUUAUAUGAUUUAAUUAGCUAUUAUUUGUUUGAUGCCGAAUUAAUGCAAUUUUGUUUUCGUUUCGCUACGGAUAUUGUAAAUUACAGAAAAAAACAUAAUAUUUCCAAAUAUGAUGCUUUUAAUGUACUUAAGGAGUUAAAGAAAAACCAAAAAUUGACUGAAAAAGUAGGUACGUAA